AUGAGUGAACCGAAUAAUAUGAACAACAAUUAUAUCGGACAUUACAACAUCUGUCAAUCGACUUACCCGGAAGACGUUAAUUCUGAUGACGCCAAUACUCAAGAUUUCCUUCCUUCUGUUGCCUCCGUUUCUCUCCCCGAAAAUGUCGAUGUGAUGUCUAAUACUAUGAACUCUAUGGACUACGAAGAUACCGGAGAUUAUACGGGCGAUUAUGCAUUAUAUCAAGGCAAUCCCUCGGUUUCUCAUUUCCACCCGGGUAACGUUGACACUGUGAAUGGACAGUUGAAUACACUGAAUCACGAUCAAGCCGAAACCCAUGAAAACAGCUCUUAUCCGCUCCCAGUACCUUUUCAAACAGUCUGUGACCCUUAUUUCGAUACGAUGAACGACGGUUCCACGGAUAAUCAUUUUGGUGUGAUCAACAAUUCAUCUACUUCGUAUAUUUUUACGCACGAUCCCACAGGCACCGGAUAUGUUGUUACGAAAGUAGAGCAUACUCAAUUAGUAUUAGGCAGGAUGUCAGCUGCUGACUUUAACCAUAUGUUAGCUACAACUCGAAUGUGA